GGGCUCCUGGGGCUCCUGCGGCUCCCAACGCUUCCUCUGCGGCCGCUUCGCCCUAGGGGACAGAGCCGCUGGGGCGUCUCCUCGAAUCUGGGGGUGAAUGGGCCGCGGGCCGCGUGAACUCCCACGACUUGGUCUUCAGUGGCCCUGGGGGUUCUUAGUUUUUUCUACUUUAAAAAACGUUUAUUCCUGGGACCCCCAUUUAACACACUGGUUUUCUUCUCUUUCGACGGUUAACAUUCGCUUUUCUGUUUACUCAAUUAUUCCUGUUUUUCUUGGCCUCUCCCACAUUCCUUUAUUUUUUCCUAUGAUUUUUCCUUUCUAAGGCUAGAUCUCUGAAUUUUCCUGUCUCCAGCCUGGCUUAACUACCUUAAUUAGUACCUGGUUAUUGUUGUUUUUGUUACUUCAGAUGCUUCUUUUUUUCUAGUUCUUUUUCCGGGUGUUUUUUUGUAAGGUCAUCUUUAAGACCUGAGUAAGCUCCCAGGCCAAUCUCUGAGGGUAGACCGUGAUUUAUUUCCUAAAGGUGGCGUCUUCUCCUUACUCAAGCGCAGUGAAGCUGCCUGAUACCAGAGUUGGCAUUUGUGUUUGCCGUGCCUGAAGCUCCGAUAAGCAACUUCAUCCAUGAUAGCUAUCCCUAUGACAGGCUCCUGAGGAGGAACCCAGAGGACCUGCUGACCAGCCUGGGGACCUUAAAUGAAAUCCAGGGACAUCUCCACAGAGACACCAUAGACCUUCAGAAGCACUGAAGGGUGCUGAAAAGGACCAUCAUGCCCCUCCACCCAGCAGUGUCCUUCCUCCUUUGAGGAUAGUUGCAAUGCUCUCUUUGAAACAUCAGAUAUCAAAAUCCUCCCACAAAAUAUAUUUUCCCAUUUUGGAGCCCCUGCUUGGCUGGUAUCACAAGUAUGUAUGAGCCUGGUAAAGUGAUCAUGAGCUGGCAAUGCAGAUCUGGAAGUCACCUCUCUGCCAAGAGCAGGUGCAGCUCGCCUUGGGACCCCAGACCCGGAACCCUCGAAGCCAGGAACCCUGUAGGACUGCAGCUGCACGGGGAACAGGAUUUGGGAGGGACUUCCUGUUGUCCUUAAUCCCAGUCUCCACCCGGCUCCCGUUGCUGGCUGCAGAGACUCCUUUCCCAGGGGAGGGGGCCCUGCUUCCCAAGGUGCCCCCUCCACCUCCACCUCAGUAAGAGGGGGGCUUGGGAGGUCCCCUGGACCCUGAGACUCUUCUGGGUGGCUGCUGGCAAGAGGAAACGGGGUCAGAGGUGGACAUCUUGGAGAGAAGGGCCGGGACUCUGGUUGGGGAAGGGGAAGGACAUCAUCUGGGAAUGUUCCUGGCCAGAGCUGGAAGGGGCUCGGCCCAUAAGAGGAAACUGUGCUUUUAGCUCUGAGAUAGAAAAUGUCUGCAGACGGUGGAGGUAACCCUGCUACCCAGGACAAGGAGAGAGCCCAAGAGGUUCCAGGUCAUGGGCAUCCUUGUCAAGAAAUGCUUUCCCAGUCAAAGGAGAUGGUGCCUUUGGGAGCCACUCAGGAGUCACCCCACAUCAAGACAGAGCCUCAAGAACUGCACCCCGAGGGGGCAUCACAGGAGGACAGGGAUCACGGAGCUUGGGGCUGGACACCCCUAAGCCAGGGAUCUGCAGAGAAAGCUCUUUUCCUGCCUGGCAGAGCCCUCCCCUCCCCCCAGUUCCCUGUGCUUUCCCAUGAGGGGAGGACCAGAGACCGGCAGAUGGCUGCGGCACUCCUCACCGCCUGGUCCCAGAUGCCAGUGACCUUUGAGGAUGUGGCUUUGUACCUCUCCCGGGAGGAAUGGGGACGGCUGGACCACACUCAGCAGAGCUUCUACCAUGAUGUCCUACAGAAGCGGAAUAGGCUGGCCUUGGGUAAGGGCUGGCGCUUACACUGGGGCGGCAGCUUCCUGAGGCCCUUGAUGUCAGAGAGUUUCCCUUCAGCAGAACUUUUUGGGCCUCCCAAGUUCAGGGCAAGGGUAAGGCCUCAAGCUCGUGCCAGCAGACAGGAGAUGAGGAUAAGAGAGGUGCGUGCAGAGGUGAUGGGUGGGCAGUGGGGUCAUCACUGUCACUCCUGGGUGCCCCUUGUCAGUGCAGGCUCUGUUUCCCAUGGGGUGCAGACACAUGGCCCUUCCUGGGGGAAGGGCUCCCAUCGGGUCCUUUCCUUUGUCUCCAUCUCUGGAAUUCCCCUGGAUCCCUCACAAAAGCCUCUCUGGCUGGAAACCCUUUCUCCAGGAGCGGUGGAGGUGGGAAAGGAGCCUAUGCCAUGCCCGGCAUCCCAUGGGGAUGUGAAGUCCUUCAGGACCAGGGCAGAGAGAGCCCAUGGGGACAGCCUGCAGUGUGGGCAGCAAGCAGCUAGAGGCCAGAGCCCUGGGCCAGCCAAAGAUGAUGGGCAGCCCAGUCCCCUGGAGGAGAGACAGCCAGAACCAGCCCCACUCGACACCGGUCUCCCAGAGAAAUCCAGUGAGGAGGAAACCGGGGCCCCUGAGAGCAGUGAGGAGGGCCUGGCCCCUGAUGGCGAUGGUGACGCCAGUAAGAAGACCUACAAGUGUGAGCAGUGUGGCAAGGGCUUCAGUUGGCACUCCCACCUGGUGACACACCGGCGCACGCACACAGGCGAGAAACCCUAUGCCUGCACAGACUGCGGCAAGCGCUUCGGUCGCAGCUCACACCUCAUCCAGCACCAGAUCAUUCACACGGGCGAGAAGCCCUACACCUGCCCCUCCUGCUGGAAGAGCUUCAGCCACCACUCGACACUGAUCCAGCACCAGCGCAUUCACACAGGUGAGAAGCCCUAUGUGUGUGACCGCUGUGCCAAGCGCUUCACCCGUCGUUCGGACCUGGUCACCCACCAGGGCACGCACACAGGUGCCAAACCCCACAAGUGUCCCAUCUGCAGCAAGUGCUUCACUCAGAGCUCGGCCCUGGUCACCCACCAGCGCACCCACACAGGGGUCAAACCCUACCCAUGCCCCGAGUGCGGCAAGUGCUUCAGCCAGCGCUCCAACCUCAUCGCGCACAACCGCACACACACUGGCGAGAAGCCCUACCACUGCCUCGACUGUGGCAAGAGCUUCAGCCACAGCUCACACCUCACGGCCCAUCAGCGCACCCACCGUGGCGUCCGGCCCUAUUCCUGUCCCCUCUGUGGCAAGAGCUUCAGCCGGCGUUCCAACCUACACCGGCAUGAGAAGAUCCACACCACGGGGCCCAAGGCCCUGGCCAUGCUGAUGCUGGGGGCAGCAGGAGCUCUGGCGGCACCCCCACCAGCUCCCACCUAGGAGGCGAGGAAGGUGGGUCCAGGCCCCCAAGGAGGAACAAGGGCAAGGGAAGGGUGUUGGGGAGGUGCUGGCUUUGGGAUGGGGCAUGGCAACGGAAAGAACUAAGGCAAGGAACAGGCACGCUAGCUGCAAAUUAAAGGCCUUGGAAUUCAAGCCACGGCCUAUUUCUCUGUCUUGGGGGGCCCUGGUGGCUGACCCCAGACUGGGAGGCUCUUGGGUCAACCAUAUGUCCUCACUCAGGUACCCCUGAGUCAUCACUCUCAGGGCUUGGGCACCCUCUUUCCCAGCCUUGAUCUGCCUUAGGGCCCAAUCCAGAUGUCUGGGACCAUAAGUCUCCAGACAAAGAGAUGGCUGGGACCAUAAGUCUCCAGACAAAGGCUUCUUAGCACAGAGAAGUUUCAAGACCUGAAGCCAACCAGCCUUUUCUGGAAUUGUGGGCCCUCUGGCUGGUGGUCUGCUGCUGUCAUCACUCUCAUCCCAGGGCCAUUGCCCAUUGAGCCCUGGACCCUCCCUCUGUUCUUUAGGAGCUGGGAGCUGGGCAGAGCCAGCUUGAGGACUCAUGCUCAUUGUCUCCUGUCUGCCCUGUCUUCUUCUCGGGCACUGGGGCCGAGUUUUGUAACUGGCCUUUUUCUAUCUGCUUCCACUGGGGGCCAACUGUAAUCCAGUGAGAAUUGCUCACUUACCAGGGACCACUGUCCCUCCUGGUCCUUUCUGAGGCUGCUGCCAUCUCCUUCUGCUACAUGGCCUCUUCGUACAUGUCCUUUGUGAUUUGCCCUAUCUACCCCUGCCUGGCUGCUUUACUCCUGGCUUUUGUUUUUUUUUUGUCUCUGUACUUUCUAUUUCUUAUUCUCUACUAUUUUUUCUGGGAGGGGUGGACUCAGCAUGCUUAUUAUCCAAGAUUUUCAACUCAGCUCCCAAGAUAAUAUGCAUUUCUCACCUUGAGGACAUCUGCAUCAGGAAGGCCAUUGAGAUCCCACCUGGCUCUGUGGAUCAUGAGGCCAGCAGUAUGGCUGCAGCCCUAGUUGGCUCCCAGCUCCUAAAGUACAAAGUGUCUUGAACAAGAUAGCAUACUGAUGAUAGUAUAAUAGCUGCCAGCUGCCCUGCCAGGUGUGGGGCUAAGCACCAUAUAUAUGUCACCUCUACUCUUCCCAAUGCUGAGCAGUGGGUUUUAUCCCAGUUUUAUAGAUGGGGAAGCUGAAGCUGAGAAGUUCAAUAACUUGCCCAAAGUCAUACAACCAGAGAGCUAGAAGCUGGGGUUCAGGGCCAUGGAUUUUACCAUGUUAAAAAUAUCUCCAUUUCCAUGCACCCCAACAGCUAUUGACUGUCUAGUGCAUGAUAUUAUGAGGCAGGGCUGUCUAAAAAGAGUAAGAGUAGAUUUGACAUUCUGGAUUCUGGACUCAGCUGAAAUACUUACUAGUGGGAGCCCAGGCAGGACUUGGUGGUAUCUGGGAGGUCUCAGUGGAAUUUAGGGUUAGCCUGCUGACAGGACUGGUUGAAUUAGAUGGUUCUUUCACAAAGAGGCAAGAAAGCAAGCAGUUUUCUCUCUCAGCUUGUUUUCCUGCCUCUGAUCACAGCUAUAAAUGGAAUUUCUCUGCUUGGCUCAGUGUGAGGGGCUGGGGGGAGCUUAUGCACGUAAAGCAGGCUUGCUGUUCCCAGGAGCUUGUUUCCUAAAAAAAGAGGCAGGAAGAAGACUUGUUAAAACAACACUGGAGGUUGUCAUCACUUGGCCCAAGCUUAGCACAGAGUACUCAUUUGAACAGUGGCUAUUUGCUUCCUUGGGCUGCAUCGCCAGCACGUUGGGGCUUGAGUGACUUGGUGAUCUGUGGAGUGAGCCAAGGAGUCAUUUAAAAACUUCACUCUGCCCUCUGAGAUCAGAGAUCACAGUAUCCAGGAGAAACUGUUUCUCCUUUUCAUAGCACAGUGAAGAGGAAUGUGGUUCCAAGAACCCCAUAGGUCUCUGCUUCCUAGAUCUCCAUCCAGAGUCCACCAUUUUGGGACAGACCUAGCAAAAGCAUUUUAAGAGUGGAACUUGGCUGGGGCGUUGUGGAAGGGCCUGGAAUGUCACGGUGGAGGGUGUUCAUUAUUUGGUGAGUGAUGGAGCAUCACUGAGAGGUAGCAGGCGGAUACCACACUGUUGGUGUCUCUGGGUAGGAGUUGAGGCUCAGAAGUGUGGCCUGCUUUCUCCUGGCUUCUCAAACUUGACAUCCCAGCUUAAGGGCACUGGAGAACAUGACCAGGUUGCUUAUGGUAAACCUGCACGUUCGAAGGAGGGUGAGGGCGGAGCGGGGAAUAUUCCCACUAAGCUUCAUACACCUUUCCCGUGUGGCUGAAGGCUUGGCCCAGGUGCUGGCUGAAAGCGCUCUGGGCCCAGAUGGCCGCGCUGCCCUCCCCAUGCGGAGACGUAGGCCUGAGCACAGCGCUAUUCCGGACAGUUCCUCGCGAGUUCGAGUGACCAAGCCAAGCGGUAAGGUCUGGAAACCUGCCAGGGUCUUCUCUGGGGACCAGCCACACGAGGUCACCUCGCAGCCUGGAGGAUCGGUUCCGGAAGGCCCCGCCCCCCUGCUGCCCUUAGCCAAUCUAGUGUCCCGGCGGAGAGGGGCGGGCUCCAGCAAAACUGGCCAAUUAUGGCUGGAGUUCUCGGAGCGGGCUCUUCCACGCCCCCAAGACGCACUAUUGCCGGGGCAACUGUCAGAUGCUCCCGGCUUUGAAACUUUGGUUUUUUCCCUUACUCUCGCGUCGACUGCGGGAGGAACCUACCACCCGGGCUGGACUCGGCUUCGUCACCAGCCCCUGACCCUUCAGAGUCGGCCCUGGGCCUACCACUGAGAUGCGAAGCCUCCUGCUGGCCUAGAGAGGAUGCAGACGGAAGGCCAGGGCCACAUCCGGCUUCGCGCACGGAGCACGGGCGUGUAGUUACGGAGACCGAGACCCGGGUAAUACGAUCCCUUACGGUGGCCGGGCGGUGAGCGGCGCUGGGGGCGUCCCGGCCCCAUCCCAGACACCUCCCGCGGGCACUCUAGCAACUUUUGAGCCCGGAGCAGGGCCUGACGGUGCUGCUAGGGAGAGCUGGGCGCGAGUGCGGCAACGGCUUGGAGGGAGACCGCGGUCCUCUUCUAGAGGAGCCGGAGAACGCCCCUGCAAGGAGGGAACGUUUAAGCUGAAACUUGAAGAAUGACAGGCCAUUUUAUAAGGAUUUGGGGGCAGAACCUUCCAAGCUAGGAAAACAAAAUGAAUAAAGGCCUUGUCAUGAGGAAGAAA